UCAUUCAGUCUUUGACCACUGUGCAGUGAACACUUAUUAAUUUGAAUUGAAUAUUUUUCAUAAAUAUUUUAAAGUGCGCUAAAUAGUUUGAAUAUAAUAUUUUAUAUUACUUACUUUAAAUAUUUUUAAAAUAAUUAAUUUUUAAAUAUUUUUUUGAAAUUCUUUUAAAAUACUCAAAAUGUCUGAAAACGGUGACAGCGGCUUUUGUGAUACAGAUAGAAUGGCAACCAUUCAGCAACUUUUCCUGCCCGUGCAGCCCAAGUCUGAAGACAAUAGCAACAAGGUCACCGUAGUGGGCGCAGGUCAGGUCGGCAUGGCAGCGGUCUUCGCUAUGUUAACUCAGGGCGUUACUAAUAACAUCGCUCUGAUUGACGUCAACGAAGACAAGCUGAGGGGAGAGUUGAUGGACCUCCAACAUGGCUCCGCUUUUCUGAAGAGCGCCAAGAUUCAAGCCAGCGCAGAUCCGGUGAUAACUGCCGGCUCCAAGAUCUGUGUGGUGACUGCGGGGGUGCGCCAGCGCGAGGGCGAGACCCGCCUCAACCUUGUUCAGAGGAACACUGACGUACUGAAGAUGAUCAUCCCAACGUUGGUUCAGUACAGUCCGGAUGUGAUCUUCAUAAUCGCGAGCAACCCGGUGGACAUCCUGACGUAUGUGACGUGGAAGCUAAGCGGGCUGCCAAAGCACCGCGUCAUCGGCUCCGGGACCAACCUGGACUCGGCGCGCUUCCGCUACUUGCUGUCGGAGAAACUGUCCGUCGCUGCUACCUCGUGCCACGGGUACAUCAUCGGCGAGCAUGGCGACAGUAGCGUGCCCGUUUGGUCCGGCGUCAACGUAGCCGGCGUCCGACUCCGAGACCUGAACCGGAAGAUGGGCACGGACACGGACCCUGAGCACUGGCAGGAACUGCACUCCAUGGUUGUGAGGAGCGCGUACGAAGUGAUCAAGCUCAAGGGGUACACCUCGUGGGCUAUCGGCCUCUCGCUCUCUCAGCUGGCGCACGCUAUUCUGACCAACGCGAAUAGUGUUCACGCCGUCUCUACCUACGUCAAAGGUGAACACGGGGUAGAAGACGAGGUGUUUCUGUCGCUGCCGUGUGUGCUUGGCUUCAACGGCGUAAGUGACGUCAUCCGUCAGCCGCUCACCGAGAAGGAGAUCUAUCAGUUGCGCGCGUCCGCUCGCAUCAUGGUACAAGUGCAAGUCGGAAUCAAGUUCUAACUCACUGCAAUUGCCUGCGUUUUAUGCGAACAUAGUAUUAUUAUUGUUUUAUCUAACAUUUGCCAUAACCUAUCCUAAGUUUCUAUCUAACUUAUUUAUAUUCUAGGUUGAUACAAAUAAACGUCUUCAUUGUUGAAAUUACUUCGCUAUAAUUGAGGUUCUUAAUUAUAGCGAAGUAAUUUCAUUAUAAUAGACAAAGGUCCGAUUUAAAAACGUUUAAUGGAUGAAAAGUACUUAUUGUGAAAAUCAAAAUUUAUACGUAAAAUUAUUGCGAAUCGUUUGUCUAAAAAAUCCCAUAACCAAAAUAAUUAAAUAGUUAAUUAAAAUAUGCACUUUGACAUGUUAGAAAUGCACUAACAUGUCAAUGUUAAUCGAAAUUUACCAUUACUUAAUAAUUUUCAAGUCACGUCGUUUUGUACCUAUUCACUAUUUAUUUAAUGCUAACUGAUCAAAAUUUAAUUUAUAUAUAGUAAAAAUGUAAUCCGGUGCUUACUGACAACCUUCCGUGGAUAUUAUACAGCUCAGGUAAAUGACCACGGAUAUAAAAGCGUAGCUUAACUGCUUUAGUGUUUCGUGAUAGAUGACAUUGUCCGGUUAAUUGUGAUUUUUGUUAACUAUUGAGAUUUUGUUGUUGUUAUUUAUUUGAUAUUAACUAUAUUAUGUAGCCAACAUACGUCAAAGUUAGAGAAUUGGCCCGCUGGCUAGGACACAACAAAUUCGUAAUAAUACAACGAGUUGAGGCUCACAAUACGUUUUUUCAUCUAUCUAUCUACAGUUAUUAACUGAGGGCCUAGUGGCAGUUUGAUAUUGUUACUAUCGCGUUAACGUAAACGCAAAUUUCUAAGGAAUUGAAACAGCGCCAUCUCGUGACACUACUGCACAACAGAUUGAAUUUCAUAUAAAUUCGCGUUUACGUCAACGCGAUAGUAACAGUAUGAAAAAAUGAAAACUAGGCACACAGAUUUUUGACUGUUGACAGUCAAGCACAACGAUGGUCCAAGCGAACUCGAAUUUGGUUGGCCCGUUGUGCCUGACUUUGACAAAAUCGGGCAUGCGUCCUGACACCAAAUAUUUUCAUUUCUCGUUUAUUAACAGUGUACACAUAUGAUAUUAGUUGUUAUCUGUUUGAAGGAACGUGAUGGAUGCUUUUAUAUGUUUACUUCUUUGUUUACAAUUUCAAGUAAUGCUUUGUCGUGUAAAAUGUAUGUUCUAUUUGAUGUUGUCUUCGUCGUGUGAAUCAUAAGUGUCUAUUAUAUCUCCAUACAUUGUCUGCGUAAUGUAAAAAAGAGACUGCUCAGUACACUCUUUAAAAAUAUCGAAUUUUAGAAACGAUUAGGUAUUUUGAUCAAAGAUUUAUAAAUAGGUUGAUGUAAAGGUCUCACGUGAUCACUGCCAUGGUUUGUUCGACACUUUCCUGUGUAGGUACAGCCACGCCGUCUUCCGAAAAUGGAAUAUCUAUUACUCCAUCCUCCAACAAGAAAUUUACAUUUUUUAUAUUGUCAAUUUAGUAAUUCUAAUAUGUCCUUUUUACAGAAAUAAUCUAGUUAGAAUCAUCGAUGCUUAUGUUAUUUACGUCAGUGAUUAAUAUAACACUUAGUAUUUGAUUUUCGAGGGACUCCUAUUUUACAAUUUUUAGUUGGUUUAAUAUCAAUUUUUUAUUCUUUAUCUAAAUAGUCACUACUGUUGAAAAACAGGAUCAACAUUUGAUAACAUAUAAAAGUGGGAGCCAUAAUACGCAAAUUGACUAUUUUCUUAUAAGAAGAGAUCAUAUUAAAUAAAUUAAAAACUGUAAAGUCAUACCGGGGGAACCUUUAGUACCACAACACCGACUUUUACUAAUGGAAUUAAAAAUUAAAAUCCAAAAGACUAUGUCUAAGACCCUGCCCAAAAUAAAAUGGUAUAUGUUAGAGAAAGAGGAGUGUGAAAGAGUUUCGAACAAGAUUGGUAGAAAAAAUGAUUGGCAUGGAUGACCUUAACAAUAAAUCGGUGAAUGAAUGCUGGCGCGAAAUAGCUUUAUGCAUGAGGAGUGAGGCGAAGAAUGUUUUUGGAGAGACUAAAGGUAAAAGUAUGAUAGCUAAAGACACGUGGUGGUGGAGUAAUAAUAUAUAAAAUAUACUGAAAGAAAAGAAGGAUGCAUUUAAGGAUUGGAAAAAUGUGAGUGAUCAUGACGACAAUUCGAAAGAGAUUAAAAAGAAUGUUUACGUGGAGAAGAAAAUGAAAGGGAAAAAAGCGGUUGCUAUAGCAAGGGGAAAAGCAAAUUGUACUUUAUUUUUCAAUAAGUUGUUGCACGAGGAGUCAAUCCCGGAAGAGUGGUUAAUGAUAGAUAAGAGAAUAAGAGAGGAGAGUGAGGUCACUCUAAAUCAGUUUGGGUUUAUGACAGGAUGGAGUACAACUGAUGCAGUUUUCGCUUUGCGUCAACUGUGUGAGAAAUAUAGAAACGCACAAAAAAUCUCCACAUGGUGUUUGUUGACUUAGAGAAAGCGUAUGACAGAAUACUAAGUUGUAUGGUGGGCUAUGAACGUGAAGAAAAUACCUGGGCAGUAUGUUAGAAUAGUGAAAGGAAUGUACAGAGAUGCAUGCACGAGCAUAAGGUCAGAAGCCAGUGUUACUGAGAAGUUUCAAGUGGAGGUGGACUUACCAAGGAUCUGCUUUAAGCCCCUAUUUGUUUCUCCUAGUAAUGGAUGCUCUGACAUCAGACAUACAGGAAGAAGCACCUUGGUGUAUGCUGUUCACCGAUAAUAUUGUACUUGUCGGAGAAAACGCAUCUGAGGUACAGAGCAGACUGGGAAAAUGGCAGGAGAAAUUGGAAAGUGUUGGCCUACGAAUCAGUCAAACGAAAACUGAAUAUUUAUUCUUGGACUUUGGCGGCACAUCUGAAUCUUCCAAAAUUGCCUUAAAUGGUGUAACCCUACUAGCUUGCUCCGAUUAUCGGUACCUAGGGUCGCUUUUUUAAAACGAUGUCAAUGUGGACCUAGACGUGAAAAGUAGAAUGAAUAGAUGGAUGCGGGAUGGUUGAAAUAGCGAUAGGUCUCAGGUGCACUAUGUGACCCGCGAAUGCCUCUUAGACUUAAGCGUAAAAUAUACAAAACGGUUGUAAGACCUGUAGGCCUGUAUGGAUGGAUGGAGAAUGUUGGGCGGUGAAAGAGACGGAUGUUGAGUCUUUACCAUUUUCAGACAGUAUGGUCUAUUUAAGAAUUUAGGAUUAAUCUCUCUCAAAUAUUAAUAGGUAUGUAGCCGAUUACGUGGAUCUCUGUAGUGCAGCUGCGCGUGUGUUGUUUACAGCCGAGAGAUUUUGAAUUCAGAUAAAUUGAAUAGAAACAGGCGUUAGUUGGCGUUUAUUAUGAUUAGAGAUUUAUUUUAUCUGAAGUUGCCCCGGUUUCAGAAUGAAUCACUUAAAAGAUUUUUUCUUAGAUGUUGUUGUCUCGUAGCUUAGAUUUGUUUUCACGAUUAACGAUUAAAAUGUUAUACUUACUAAAACCUAUGUAUGUAGGCUGAAACGACACUUAUAAACAAGUUAUAUCGCAUUUACGGUUUGAAGUUCUCGCGAUUCAUGACCAAUCGAUAGAAACAUCAUCAUAUUUAUAUUCCUAAGUAGUUUGCUGUGUGCUUUUGAUAUUGUUGUUAGGCUAAACAAAAUUAAUAAAUGACCACAUAAAUACACAAUAAUUUAUGACACUCCUUUUUGAUGCGAUAUAUCUCUUGGCGUACCUACACAGUGAUAUCGGCUCGAAUGCCGUGACGCCAAACGGCUUGACGCCAUCAUCUCAUGAUGCCGUGACGUUCCGACCACGCCGCCGCUCAUUACUUUGUGAGUGUGCGUGUACACACUCUCCACCUCAUCUGUCGUGACCCCCAACUUAAUGUAACCCAAUGAUAUUUUAUAAUAUAUACAUAAUGUUUAAGAAAACAGCCACAGUUUUGUGUUACAUUUCACUACAUUGCUAAAGCCGUUCAUUCCACUGAUAGAAAGGCGGGCUACUUGUAUUUUAUUUAAUGCCUCACUUUUGGCGUCCUAGUAACGUAUCUACGAGUAAUUAUCUGUUUUUUAAAUUAUCAUCGAGGUAACCCUUAUAAAAUUGAAUUUAUUUUGUGACUUAUUUUACUGAGCGAAAUAGUAACUGAGCAUGUUUUGAAUAUAGAGCUAAUUACUAUUUGCCCGCUUUCGUGCCCGGAUUUUAACCGGCUGAUCUAAUGACAGAACAUUUUAUAUAAGCUAUUCACCAGAUUUCGUGUGAAUAGCUUCACAUAAAAUGUUCUGAAACUGGAACGUCCGAUCUAAAUCCAAUCCUGUCUGUCUGUCUACAAGUAGCAACCGGGUAGGGGUAGGGUAGGGGUAGGGUAGGGGUAGGGUAGGGGUAGGGUAGGGGUAGGGUAGGGGUAGGGUAGGGGUAAGGAAGAAUUGCACAUAAGUCAAAGCGAAGCUUGACCGGGACCGCUAGUUUGUUAUAAUUUCUUAAAAAUAUAAAUGUUUGAGCCACUGCAAGAUUGUUAUUUAUCUCGUCCCAUUGGCAUAAGAUUUACAGUCAAUUUAUUUACACUUGGUCUGCACAUAGGUUUCUUGACAUAAAUAAUAAAUAUACAUAUUUUUAAGGAAUUAAAAUUUUUAAUGAUAUUUAUUUAGUAAAUUUUAUUACACUUAUCUACAUAUAACUGAUUUUUACAUAAAUGUACGUAUUUAUAAUGGAAUUUAAAUUAUUGAUGAUAAUUAUUUAAGUCGUCAAUUUCAUUACACUUAUCUACAAUAGCUUUUUUAUAUAAAUAUACUAUUUUAAUGAUAUUUGCCUCUACGUCUAAUGAAUAGGUAUCAGAAUUAGUAUUGAUAUACAUAAUUUAAUUAUACCUACUUUUUUGAUAGACUCGCAUUUAUUUUUUCUUAAUAAUGUUGAUUAAUAAUGUUCAAAAACAGUCCAGAUUAUUUAUUGUUUUAAUUAUAAGUUUAAUUGUACAAGAUUUUACGUAAUAAAUCCAAAUAUCAAAAAUUAAAAUUUAAUUUGGUAAUAUACAAUUUGAUGUCUACUGAAUCUUAAUAAAUAAAUGUUGCUGAGCGAA